AAAUCAGGUCCCGGCGCCCCCCUGGCCCUCACAUCUUCCUCAGGGGCCACGGUCGCCGAGCGGCCUGUGAGGCGCAGCUCGAUGACGCACUGCGCCUGCGCGAGGUCGGGCGGCCGGGCGGCCGGCGGCCUGGAGGGGCAGAGGCGCUCUGCGCCGGGGGCGGGCGGCCGCUGCCAGGGCUGGAGACGGAAUGGGGAAGAAGCAGGUGCGUCCUCCACGAGCUCUUCCACCUGCGCCAAGUGCUGUUCAAGAUGAUGUUUCACAAAGUCGUCCUAAGAGAAAGAAGUCCAGAAACAAAACCACGCUAGCUAGUGCCUCUUUGGAAGGCUUUGCUGAGACUGUUGUUCAUAGACCAUCUGAGGGCAUUGAGCCAACUAAUGAACUCAAAGAGCAUCCAGAGGCCCCUGUUCAAAGGAGACAGAGGAAGACAAGGCUACCUCUUGAGUUGGAGACUUCUUUCUCCCAGAAGAAGACAUCAAAUCCAUCUUUAUUACGAAAUGAAAAUGGUAUUGAUGCAGAGCCAGCUGAGGAGGCAGUUAUUCCAAAACCACGAAAGAAGACAAAGAAAACCCAGCCAGCAGAGUUACAGUAUGCCAAUGAGCUAGGAGUAGAAGAUGAAGACAUAAUUACUGAUGAGCAAAGAACUUCAGAACAACAGUCCAGAUUCACUGCACCCACUGGAAUUAGCCAGCCUGUAGGCAAAGUAUUUGUGGAAAAAAGCCGGAGAUUCCAGGCUGCUGAUCGUUCAGAAUUGAUAAAGACCACAGAAAACAUAGAUGUGUCAAUGGACAUGAAACCUUCCUGGACCACCAGAGAUGUGGCACUUUCAGUGCACCGAGCUUUCAGGAUGAUUGGUCUGUUUUCUCAUGGCUUCUUGGCUGGCUGUGCUGUGUGGAAUAUUGUUGUGAUAUAUGUUCUAGCUGGAGAUCAGCUGUCUAACCUCUCCAACCUUUUGCAACAAUAUAAGACCUUAGCAUAUCCAUUCCAGAGUCUCCUCUACUUGCUUUUGGCUCUAAGUACAAUUUCAACUUUUGACAGAAUUGACUUUGCUAAAACAUCAGUAGCAAUCCGAAAUUUUUUUGCCCUGGAUCCAACAGCUUUAGCAUCUUUCUUGUACUUUACUGCUCUUAUACUAUCCCUGAGUCAGCAAAUGACAAGUGACAGAAUCCACCUUUAUACGCCUUCUUCUGUUAAUGGUAGCCUCUGGGCAGCAGGAAUUGAGGAACAGAUUCUCCAGCCAUGGAUUGUGGUGAAUCUGGUGGUGGCUCUUCUUGUUGGAUUAUCUUGGCUUUUUUUGUCUUAUAGGCCAGGCAUGGAUCUUAGUGAAGAGUUAAUGUUCUUCUCUGAUGUGGAUGAAUAUCCUGAUAAAGAAAUCAAAUCCUCUUCAUAAUACCAACUCAUGUUCAGAGGAAUAAUGACCCAGUAUUUUUCCCAUUUUUGUUUUUAAAUGUAUUUUUAUAAGAUAUGUAUAUGUGUAUUUUUAGGGUUUUUUUGUUAUAUAAUACUGGGAAUUUUCUCAAAAUUAUGGAAAAUGUUAAAAUUAUACCUCAAUUAAUACUUAAACAACAUUAAUUUCUGUAGUAUUAUCAUCUUAAUGACAAAGAAGAUAAUGAGCCAGAAACCAGCAGGUAAAAGUAUUUAUUUUUUAUUCUUUCAAAUUAGUUAUUUUCAUAAUCAUUAUCUUACAAAGCACUAAUUCUGAAAAACCCAUUACUUUUGGUGUUAAAUUUAGGGAAUAAGUGAGAGGGGGAAAAAAAAGACCUUCAUUAUUCAUUUUUUGAUGUCUCCUAUUGAACAAAUUAAAAUAUGAAAUUUGUCUUCUCUGAUUCUGGCUUAGUGGGUUGUGUGUCAUGAAAUAAUUAUAAUAUGAUAUAAUUUAGCCUGAAAGAUGCUUUACUUAUGGCUCAUAAAAUGGAAGUAUAUCUUUUUGUUUGAAAAACUUUAUAACCUAAAAUGUUAAUUUCCCUUUGAAAUUUGUACCAGGGCUUUCCAUAUCUGGUUAGGGAGCUUUAAAAAAUAGACAGCAAAAGAGAAGCUGAGCCAGCCUGUGAGCUUGUUGGGCUAACACUUCUGGUUGACCUCUGCAAUGUCCUUUCUUCUUUCUUGUUUUGAGUAACAAGGAAUAUGAAUAGAAAUUCAUCCCUGUUCUCAAGCUCUUUGUCAGAGAGAUCUUUGGCUUUCUAGGGGAUCCUGCUCCUGAGGUGGAUCCUGCCCUGAAAAAGGUGUGUUCAGAGCUGUAUCCAAUGGUUCCUCACCUGGCAUAUGUGAGACUCUGCAGCUCAAGACAAUGAUAACAUUUGCUGGGGGAAGAGGUGGCUUAAAGGCUGUUAAGCACAUCCAUACAAAUAUUGUGCCUGCACCGAUGAGCAAGCAAUACAUGCGGAACAGAAGAGGACUGACAAGUUGAUAACAGAUGGCCCUGAGAAGUGGGCGGUAGCUGAUGCCAGCACCAUAUAGAAAUAUCUUUUGCUGGAGCUGCUAACCAGCGCUUCCCCCUGCUGUCACGGAACUGUGAAUCCUGGCAGUUCUGAAGUUGUCCUGCCAGUUCCAGCUUUCCCUGCAGUCUGCCAUGAUUCUCAUCUGAGCAAGGUGGCAGUGUCGGAGUUCGUGAUCCUCCCUGUCAGCAAACUGCUGGGAAGCCAUGUUGAUAUAGCUGAAGUUUACCACACUUGAACUGUGUCAUCAAGGAGAAAUACGGGAGCUCUGCUACUGAUGUGGGGGAUGGGGUACAUUGAACAGUGGUCCCUGAAGAUGUCUAUGUCCUAAUCUCUGGUAUCUGUGAAUAUAUUACCUUAUACAGCAAGAGAGAUUUUGUAAAUGUGAUUAAGGUAAUGAGCCUUGAAAUGGGAGAGUAUUCUGUAUUAUCCAGGUGACUCAGGAUAAUCUCAUGAGUUUUGAAAGCAGAGAAGAGUUAAGAGUUGUGAUGUUGCUGAUUUUAAGAUGUAAGAGGGCGCUGUGAGCCAAGGAAUAUAAGUGACCUCAGAGAAGUAGAGAAAAAUCUUUGGCCAAUAGCCAGCAAGGAAACAGAGAUCUUGGUCCUAAACCUGUAAGAAGCUGAGUUUUGCUAACAUCCCAGAUAAACCAAGAAACAUCUUUCCUUAGAGCCUCUAGAAAGGAAUGCAGCUCUGUGGAUACCUUGAUUUUUGGCCCAUUGAUACCCCACAUCGGACUCAAUACACAGAUAGCAAGUGUGUUGUUUGAGCUGCUAAAUUUGCUCUUAAUGUCCUAGAGAAUAAAGAAGCCUGGAGCUGAUACGGAAUACAAUUGGGAAAGCCAGCAUGGGCCUGCUUGUCUUAGAAUUCUUUCAUGUCUGGGAAAUACCACCUGGACUGCAAAUCUCCUGAUGAUCCCAGGCAGGUACAAAAUCCUGGAGCUACUGGUGCACUUGUACACUUCAUCAGGGAAAAUAAUAGUGUCUGUCAAAGAUUCCUUUGACCAUGAUGAUUGGGAAGCAAGAAAGAUGUUAUUACAAAUGAAUGCCCCAGGAGGUAGGGAAUAAUCUCAUGUGACUAAGUCAAGGCAGAGCACUAAGGCUACAGAUGAGAAUGUCAGAUCUAUUGAAUUAGCUUCUCUAAGGCUGAGGUCUAGGUUUGUGGGAAGACAAAAAAAAAAAAAAAAAAAAAAAAGUGGUAAUGGUCUUCUAGAGGCUCAUAAUGUAGUUAAGAGAGUCAUAGAUAGGCAUGGGAAUAGAAGAAUCUGGGAAGGAAUUGUGGGUCAGGUUUGGGUAUUAAUAGGAUGGUAUGGCAGGAACUUUAUAGGAUGUAUGGGAUUUCUACUGGUGGAGAUGGGGCCCCUGGAAGAGGCCAUACAGCUAGAUGAACCCUGAGGGCUUUUUAUUUGGAAAUGAUCAAAAUAGAAUCUUGAGAGACAGUAUCACAGUAACUAAUGUAGAUAGGCCUAGAGUUAAUCAUUGUUAAAAAUUUGCAUUAUUUGCCUUCUCUUCAUUAAUUUUUAGUUUCAAAGUCUUUUGAGAAUAAAAUGCUAAAAUCAUGGCAUUUCAUCUGAGUAUUUCGGCGUACUUGUUCUAAAAAUUAGGACAUUUGUUUAAGUAUGAUAUUAUUGAAACAGUAGCUCUAUAAUGUCUUAAUAAUCCAUUUUCAGAUUUUCCCACUUGUUUUUGAAGGUGUAGUCAGGGUGUACUCAUUUCUUUUUGUUUUUUGUCUCUCAAUUUAAAUGGUUUCCUUACCGUUUUUCCUCCUCCACAACAUUUUUAAAUGAGAAUUUUUACGGAGACAAAUGAGGAUUCAUGAGAUUAUAAAAUAACAAAUGAUAUAGUGAGCUCCUUUGUAUACUUUGUUGGUGUCUCCCAAUAACACUUUGUGAAACUAUAGUAUUAAUAUCACAGCCAGGAUAUUGAAAUGGAUAUAACCCACCCAUCUUAGAUUUCCCCAGUUUUACUAGUACUUGUCAGAUGUGUUUUAAGUUCUGUACAGUUGUAUCUUUUGUGUAAAUCUUUGUAUCAGCCACCACAGCCAAAAUAUUGAACAAUUCCAAGAAUUAAUUCAUGUUUUUCUUUUUAACCACACCUAUCUCACUUCACCCCUGGCUCUAACCCCUAGUAACCAUUAAUCUGUCUUCUGUUUUAAAAUUUUUGUCAUUUUAGUAACGUUAUAAACUGAAUCAUAAAGUAUAUUGUCUUUAAGAUUGACUUUUUUCUGCCCUGCAUAAUUCCCUGUCAGGUUCAUCCCAGUUGUGUGUCUCAAUAGUUUACUGCUGAAUGGUAUUAUAAGGUAUUUUGUACUGCACUAUUUACCUGUUUCAGGACAUCUAAGCUGAUUCUGGUUUUGGCUAUUACAAAUAAAACUUAUAAUUUUCAUGUACGAA